AUGAUUCUUUAUUUCUUUCUUUCUUUCUUUCUUUCUUUCUUUCUUUCUUUCUUUCUUUUUUUCUUUCUUAAUCUAAUUCUUCUCUUCCGUCCUUCAUACUUUCUUUCUUUCUUUCUUUCUUUCUUUAUUAAUCUAAUUCUUCCGUCUAUCUUUCUUUCUUUCUUUCUUUCUUUCUUUCUUUCUUUCAAGCUUCCGUCCUUCAUUCUUUCUUUCUUUCUUUCUUUCUUUCUUUCAAGCUUCCGUCCUUCUUUCUUUCUUUCUUUCUUUCUUUCUUUCUUUAUUAAUCUAAUUCUUCCGUCUAUCUUUCUUUCUUUCUUUCUUUCUUUCUUUCUUUCUUUCUUUCUUUCGUUCGUUCUUAAUCUAAUUCUUCCGUCUAUCACUCCAUCCAGUUUUUCUAUCUUUUUUCUUAAUUUCGUCCUUCUAUCCCGCAGUCAUUCUUUCUUUCUCUCUUUCUUUCUUAAUCUAAUUCUUCUUUCUUUCUUUCUUUCUUUCUUUCUUUCUUUCUUUCUUUCUUUCUUUUGUUUAACGAAAUCAAUUUUCUUACGAUUUGUUCCUGGAAUUUCUUUCUUUUUCUUUCUUUCUUUCUUUCUUUCUUUAGUCUUUCUUUUUCUUUCUUUCUUUCUUUCUUUAGUCUUUCUUUAUUCUUUCUUUCUUUCUUUCUUUCUUUCUUUCUUUAGUCUUUCUUUUUCUUUCUUUCUUUCUUUAGUCUUUCUUUUUCUUUCUUUCUUUCUUUAG